GAGCGAGUGGCGGUCGUGGAAUGCGAGUGAAAAAUGUAUAAACAUAAAGUCACGCCGCAGUAUGUGCUGGCGUCAAGUGUCCAAAUUACAAAAGACUGUAUUUAUUGUGCUAUUUUACGUAAUAUUGUAUCUACUGAUAUUGUACGCGAUCACUCCGGAUACAACCCUCACGUUUGUAGAAGACGAAAUGCGAGGAGAUAAGUAUCCGCUUUUGUUCCUCAUUGCGCCAAACGUGCCGGUGUUUUCGGACCCCGAGGGCGCGGACGUGUUCAAAUCGAGACGCUGUGGUAACUGCUUUAUUACUAACAACAAAGGGUUCUUACCUAUCAGUGGGUACAACGCAGUCUUGGUAUACGGCGAUCGGAGUGUCCUAUCUCAGACUGCCGCGUUCAUGGACCCUGGCAAGCGGUAUCUGAUAGAAUCGAGCGAGGAUUGCUUGAAGAACAAGCUGAGGAGAUGCAGCAUGGAGCCGAGGAUCACCUCGUACAGCAGUAAGGAGACGUACGACCUCUGCGGUCUGUGUCAGCAUCUGGAGAAAUAGCGCCUUUUUGGAACUUGUGAUAAUACUGGUAGUUUUGUUGCCUUGUAGGAUAGGUACGGUGCCUGAGAUAAUGAGGUCUGCCAAAUGUUUGUUGAAUAUUGUAAGUUUGCAUAUGUGUUGUUAUAUAUACUGAGUGAUUAUUGUAAUUGGUGCUUGAGCGUGUUAUAAAAGUGCCUAACAACAAUAGCUAAAGUGAUAUAGAAACGGAAUUGUUUUAUAUAUUUAUCACACUUUCACUUAUGGUCUUUCUAAUAAAUUAGAACGGAUUGCAUAUGUAAACGACAAUUUGAAAUUCUGAAAAAAAAAAUUAACUGUAAGCUUUCAUUACAAUUUAUUAAUUAAAAAUUAUAAAAUAAUGCCAACCCUCAAAUAAAAUCAGUCACAACAACAAACAUAGACAAUAAACUAGUAAUGAAAUAAAAUUCUCGAAUUUCGAAAUGUCAUUUGUAGCUAUAGUCGAUCUCUUCUAACUUGCCGGUGUCUCCAUAAGACAAAAUGAGAUGAAUAGUGUUUACUUGAUAUUUUAAUGUAAUUCAUAUUGCUUUAGUUAUUAUUCUGAGGCUAGUGUACAUCGCUAAUUGUAUUUUUUUUUUACUUUUACGUUGAAGUCUGGGGAAUUAUGCAAUUCAGAUUGAAUAUUGUAUGUUUUAAAUUAGGGAUGUACACAGUGCUUUCUAAAUGUUGUUUUUUCUGAUGUCAAAUUGUGUGAAUGUUUCCGAUUGAGUUAAAAUAUUUUUUAAUUGUUUAAGUUGUUUUGUUUGAGAUAAUUCAAACGAAUAUUCGCCAUACACUGUACUUGAAUAAUACCUAUCUAAUUGCCUCAAAUUAAAAAAAAUAUAGUGAGUAGACAGAAGCAAAUCUUUUAAUAUUUUGUUUCUUUGUGUAUAAAUAUGUAGUUGUAUUGUUGUAAAGUACAAAUAUAUAAAAAAAUAAAUGUAAAAGGUCCAUUAAUAUUAUAUACAUAUAUAUAUAUAUUUAUUGUAAAUCAAGAUUUCUUUAUAUUUUUAAUUGUAAGACAAAGAGGUACAUGAAAUGUUCAACCUGAUAGAUGACGAAACUGGCGCCAUCUUUCAGAAUAAUUUAGACAGAUAUCUUAUAUUAUACUAUAUGUUUCCAUAAUUUGAAAGUUAGUUACAUAAACUGACAUGAAAGUUAAAUUCAUUUGAUCUUUGGGUUUUUAAGAUAGCUUCACACAGUUAUUUAUAUCGACCAUUUUCCUGUAUAU